UUGUUAUCGUUGAUACCAAGUCCUAUCGGCUCCCAGUCCACCCUCAUUCCGUUGCUGCUGACCUCCUUCGUAGUAUAUGCCGCUGUGGUGGUCGACGGUGUUGUCGGUUUCGUCCCACAACCACAAAGAGAUCUGCUUUAUUUGGCUGUUCUGACGCUGGAAGAAAAGCGGUUUUACAUCACGUGUUGCACGAAAGGAUUUUUCGUGAAUCAGUCAACCGAAACGGAGUUUAGUCCGAAAGCCGUUUCGCCAAAGUUUAUCUCCCACUCGCUGAUUGAACUUCUGUGCCAUGUACCGUUCGCAUUUAAACUCGGUUAUGAAGAGCAUAUUCCGGGUCAAACCCGUGAAUGGAAUGAAGAACUGCAAACCACUAGGGAGUUGCCCAGGAAAACUCUUCCGGAACGUUUGCUCAGGGAGCGCGCAAUUUUCAAGGUGUACAGUGACUUCGUGGCCGCUGCGACCAAAGGAGCAGUGGUUGUGGUCGACGGGAACGUGAUGGCCAUUAAUCCCGGCGAAAAUCCAAAGAUGCAGAUGUUUAUAUGGAACAACAUCUUUUUUUCGCUAGGUUUCGACGUCAAGGACCAUUACAAGGACUUUGGUGGAGACGCGGCGGCAUUCGUUGCUCCGGUACACCUCGUUUUCGACUUUGGUGACAUUUUCAACAACGAUCUUCAAGGUGUUAAGGCGUAUUUCAAUCUGGAUCCCGAAGGCUUGUUUCUGCUUGGCACGGUUGUCGUCGACUAUAUGGGGUACCGGGUAACGGCGCAGUCUAUUAUCCCAGGAAUUCUCGAGAAGGACCAGGAACAGUCAGUAGUGUAUGGCUCAGUAGAUUUCGGCAAAACGGUCGUCACGUCCGAAAAAUAUCUCGAACUGCUGAACAGAUGCGCGCAGCAACUCAAGAUUCUACCUCACAGAGUCAAAAGCGAGAACGGCGAUGUAGUCAAGCUGAACUCGUCAGUCGAAAGCAAAGGCAUCAUCGGUAACGACGGCAGGCACUACAUUUUGGACUUAUUGCGAACUUUUCCGCCAGAUGUUCAUUACUUGCCCGGUACGUCGGUUGAAGGCAGAUGUUUUUUUUCUUACGCGUUAUGA